AUCGAUUACGCUCGCGCCCAACCCUGACUGUGGCUAAGGGCUAGGUGAUAAGAUUUGUUUUACCCCACGCACGUUCGCCGAUAUUCACACCGCCUCGCCGACGCUCGACGGUUUGAUUAGCGACACGCGUUUGCAACGUUCGUUUCACCAUCGCCCGAGCAAAAGCAAAAGUGUCAGUCCGAGUGCGUCGAUCGUUCGGGUAUAUCGUGCCCUGCCGUAACGCUCGCAACCAUGGGCGGCAUGCACAAAUCGCUUACCCAGCCGAACUCGUCGCUCAUGGAGCAGGUGACGCUUAUUGUGAAGAUUCCCGCCGCCACCGUGUACAUCGUGACCCGAGGCCUGAUGCUGAUCGUCAAAACGCUAACGCGGCUUGGAAGGAUGUUGCAGCAGUAGUAGCGGAGCUCAUGGCGGACGGAAUCGAAGCGAAGCCGAACGCUUCGGACGGUAGGAAGGUCAUACAAGUCACAACCGUACAUGAUAUUAAGCGGACGUCCAGUGUGUGCGAGGGUUCGGUACUAAGUGUAAGCUUACUUUAAAUUAGAUCGUACGAUAAGUUAUGCUUAGGCUAACGAAUAAAAGCGUUUCGGAUGUUUGGUAACGUUUAACGGGUAGCGUUUAGAAUCUUACGGUCGCACCCGAACCGCCGUAUGCACGGACGAAAUCAAAGUUAUCUCCAGCUUGCAAGCGUGGUUUUAUCAACGAACCAGUUUUAUCUUCACAUCCUAUCAAUAUUUACGCAGCGAUAGCAGCACCGGCAGCCAAGCUUACCCCGCGUGCCUUCUAUUCCGACCCUUGCUAGUGCUAAACAUAUGCCACCUGUUUGCAAAUAAUUCGCAUCUCGCAUCUGCCGAUCGGACCAUUCGGUACAAACACUGUCGAGCACGCUCUGACACGCAAAUUGAUUGACCAACCAACACAAGCAUGGCGAACAUGGCGAGACAACACCUACUAAUGCGCCCCGCUUGUUGACGGUGGCCGAAAAGGAGGAAAUACGGAAUAUGUCAGUUUGACCCUCCGCCCCACACGCAAGAGUGUGGGGGACUCGCGCACGGAAGCGCACGCGCUGGAACAAACCAACAUCAUUGCAAACGUCAGUUCGCAGCAGCUGGUGUGCCAUACGCUCCGUUGCGGGGACACGGAAAGGAGAGUGCUACGUCGGGUGACACUUUGCAGCACCGUUGGGAGAAAAACGAUCAAUAACUUGUGACCAUCGCACCGAUGUGAACCUGCAGGCGAAGGUUCCAUCACCAACUCCGAACAGCGACCAAUCCGGCCCAAAUCUUCGCCUUCAGUUAAAAGCCGCCAAGCGACCCAAUCCCCCAGCUAGUGCUGUAUUAUGUGAGCGAGGCCAAUUCGCUCCGGGGUGGAUGCAGCCUGCCUUCUUCGAGUCGAGGUGAAAGUGAAAAACCAGUGCGUCACAUUCGACGGAUCGCUCACGUGCUAGUAUCCUUUCGGAUAUUGUUCAGGAACCACCAUCCGCGAACCAUUUUUGGAACGUACGAUGCCCAUCGUAAACAUACUGAAGCGUGCAUCGAGCUACAUCCUUGGCAGCGAUGACGACGCGGAAGACGGUUCCACCGAGCUCGUCUACGAGGAUAACGAAAUACUGUUCUGCAAAAACAACAUCUGCGUGCAUCCGCCCGCCGUGGUGCGGCAGGAAUCGGACGUACUGCACUACCCGGGCUAUCUGACCGUCACCACGAAAACGUUCAUCGAUCAGUACAACAACGCGAAGCGUCCGACCCUGUUCCUCACCUGGAUCCCGAACUCCACGCUCCGCAAAUGCCCGUCCACGGUCGAGAACGUUCCGCUGGGCCGCAGCCUGGCCGGCAGUGUCGGGUUGAGCGAAAGCAAACUAAAGCUACACCUGCAGCAACAGCAGCAGCUCCAUGUCGUCGCGCCCAAAGAGCACGGUCAGACGCUGGCCGCGAAGGGUGCACAGGGCGCGCCGGCACUGCAGGACAAGGGCGCUGGCGCGGGAGAGAAUCCGUUCACGACGACGAUUAAGCUCGCCAACACUAAUCCGUUCCUGGAACCGUACAACGAAACGAUCGCCCAGUCGGCAACGAGCGACAGCAAGUCGAUCAACUGUUCCGACUACUCGGAAACGAUCAGCAUCAGCUCCAGCUCGGACAAGGCCAGUCUGUGCAACAGCAACGAUUACGACGGGCGGGACGAGGAGCUGGCGGUUGGCCCGGACGAGGAAGGGGAGGACGAUGUGGACGAGGGGUGUAUCAUAAGCUCGGAAGCGCACCACCACCAUUCUACCGGCGGCCAGGACGAGCUGGAAGGCGAUGAGGCGGAACUGAAAACCGAACUGCAACCAUUGCUGGACGAUGGCAGCGGCAAGCUGUCCGCAAACGGGGCGUCCAAGCUGCAUCACCAUCACCACCGCAAGCUGCCAUCCCAGUCGUCCGUCACCUCGGUGAACAUAACGAUCGCGAGUCCGCACAUCCAGAAUGUGGACAUUUCCCCGCCGGAAGCAGCGCUGCCGGCCACCGAGCGCUUCCUGCGCUCGCUCUCCAUCACGUCCAGCGACGAAAACAACCCGAACUGGAUGUCCCCGGAGCUGUUGGCGUACAAGCACAAUCUCGCCUUCCCGGAGAGUGCGUCAGCGUCGCCGAUCGUGAGCCGCAAGGUGCCGCUAAAGUGUCGCCGGUUCUCGGUCGACCUGAGCCAGAUGCGGGCCCUGCGGUUGUUCUUCAACGACGAACAGUGUACGUCCGGGCAGCUGGUGAUUGCGUCCCGGGAAUCGCAGUACAAGAUUCUGCACUUCCACCACGGCGGGCUGGACCAUCUGGCGCAGGUCCUGCACCAGUGGCACUGUCUGCUGCACAACAUCAAGCUCGCUCCGGGCGGUCAGGACGAACCGGCCAACGUGCCGUACCGGCAGUUUAUGGUUUGCCGGCCCGAGGUGCGCCCGGCCGAGCUGCACCCGGAGGAGGGCAAGGUGUCGAAGAUCACGACCGACUACUUCUACGGCACACUGCUGAACGAGCGCGGCCAGAUCGAGGACGAUCUUCAGCUGCGCAAGUGCGUGUUUUUCGGCGGGCUGGAUCGCAGCCUGCGCAAAACCGUGUGGCCAUUCCUGCUGCACUGCUACAGCACCGGGUCGACGUUCGAGGACAGGGCGGCGCUGGCGGAGAUACGGCGCCAGGAGUACGAGGAGAUCACCCGGCGCCGGCUGUACUCGAUGUCGCCGGAGGCGCAGGCCCAGUUCUGGCGCACGGUGCAGUGCGUCAUCGAGAAGGACGUCGUGCGGACGGACCGCGGCAAUCCGUUCUUUGCCGGCGACGACAAUCCGAACAUUGACACGAUGAAAAACAUCCUGCUAAACUACGCGUUCUACAAUCCGGGCAUGUCGUACACCCAAGGCAUGAGUGACCUGCUCGCUCCGGUGCUGUGUGAGAUCAAAAGCGAGUCGGAAACGUUCUGGUGCUUCGUGGGGCUAAUGCAGCGGGCCAUCUUUGUCUGCACGCCAACCGACAACGACAUCGAUCGGAAUUUAUGCUAUCUGAGGGAAUUGAUCCGGCUGAUGGUUCCCAGCUUCUACAAGCACCUGCAAAAGCAUGCCGACGCGAUGGAAUUGUUGUUCUGCCAUCGUUGGAUACUGCUGUGCUUCAAGCGUGAGUUCACGGAAGCCGUCGCCAUACGGAUGUGGGAAGCGUGCUGGUCCAACUAUUUGACCGACUAUUUCCAUCUGUUUCUCUGCCUGGCCAUUAUCGCGGUGUACGCGGACGAUGUCAUUGCUCAAGAUUUGCGCACCGAUGAGAUGCUGCUUCAUUUCAGCUCGCUGGCGAUGUACAUGGAUGGGCAGCUGAUUCUUCGUAAGGCGCGCGGACUGCUACACCAGUUCCGGCAGUUCCCGAAAAUUCCCUGCACACUGUCUGGGUUGUGCAAGCGGUGCGGUCCCGGCAUGUGGGACUCGGGACAUCAUCCGUCGAUCGAAUGCGUCGGGCAUCUGGACGAUGAAACGUGCGCGCUGGCCAUGGAUUAAUCUAGCGUUUCUAACCGCCAUGUUACCGUUGUUCGUACCACCGUUGCCUCUCUCGCUACUAUCUUUCGCUCUCUCUCUCGACAAACUGGAGUACGAAUAUCGAGGAUAAGGACUACUAGAUUAGCAGGAUAGCAAUUAUAGCGCCACGUUCAGUUAGGAUUGCUCAACAGCUCAUGCUUUCUAUGCUCCGCACAGCAGCUUCUAUAUGCUUUCCAUGUAAGUGUCUAUGCUUCGAGGCUCUUUCUAACAAGAUAUAGCUUCUCAACGCCCUGCUUGAGUUGUUGUAUCACUGCCGGCGAUCAGUAGUUUGCUGCUUGAGGAUAAACGAUCUCUCAUCCCUUGCAUUCCGUUCUGUACAAAGACACUUUCACCCCCUUAGCAUAUUUUGGUUGUGAUGGAGUAACACAGUUAUACCGAUAUUGUACCAUCGUUUCUCUUCAGCAGAACAGCGGAAAGUUGCGUAUAAAACAAGGUAUAAAACGAGUCGAGCUGGGCGCGCGAUCGACACUCCAACGGAUGGUUUUCGCUGAUAUGCGACCACUUACAAAAAGAUUUAAAUGAGAAUAAUAAUUCCACUAAACUGCGAGACUGUUGCGUUGGGUGAGUGAGUGAGUGAGUGAGCGAGUGGUCGGUAUAGGAAAAAGGAAAAUCGUUCAAUAAGAAGAGAAAGCUAGAAAUUAUCUACUGUUAAUGUUAUAUUAUACACAUAAAAGCUAUAUAUAUACAUAUAGAUAUACCAAAUUUUAUAACCGAUUUAAAUUAUGCUACUCCAAGCUGUACCGACGAGACAGAAUAUGGCUUCUCUCUACUGCAGGCAGCAUGUGAGCAAUCGAUGUUGCGACCGAUCAUUUUCCUUUCGCUGUUCACUACUACAACUUAUACUACCACUGUAAUGUCCUUCGAGGCGUAGAGCAAAUUGUGUAGGCAAAACACGGAAUAUAUUCGCAUCGAGAAUAGAAAUCAAACGAAUACAAGGAAACUAAACUUAACAUGGAAACACACAAGGAAGAAGGCUUAUUCUGUUAAGGUAACUUUAGUGAAGUAAAACAAAAUCAAAAUGUGCUUGCAUCGUAGGCGAAACCUACACAACACUCACUCAGUUACGCUAACCGACCUGCAAGCUUAUAAUGCUGCUUGCUAACUUACACUGCUGGGGCGGUCCGGUGGCCGUGGCGAUAAUGGCGGCGGGACCUGGGUUCAAAUCCCAUCCAGACCGCCGUACGCUUCCUCGUACGCAUGGCUGACUACUUUAUUAUGGGUGAAAACCAAAUCACAGAAAGCCAGAAAUCGUGGCAGGCCGAGACCUUUCGAGGUUGUUUGUAGUGUCAAGGCAGAAGCAGAAGCUAUAAUACUGCUGCUGUAAAUGACGAAAUAUAGACGAACAUAGAGGUAAUCAAACAUUACAAACACAAUAGUAAGGAAUACAAAUAAAAGAGUAAAACCAAUGGCGGCAUCGAGAAGUAGCAAUCAUCAUCAUCCGAUUACUAACUACCAAGUACAUAUACAUAUACAUAGCGUUACUCCCUUGUAAGCCCCCUUCUGCGCAAUGUGCUAAGGAAAAUAAAACGAACGAGCAAAACCGUACUGAA